AUAAUUCUGAUAGUAGUAUCUCUUUUAUCCACUAAAGCUGUAAGGUGGAUUUUUUUUUUUAAAUAAGAAAGCAUACAAGCAACCUUUUAUGCAGAAGUAAGCCCUGUUGAAUUCAAUAGGACUCCAGGUCUCCAGUAGUCAUGUACCAGAUCUGCUUAUAACAAACCAGAUUGAAAUGCCAGCUGCAUACUUGCACGCAUGCCUGCUCAGAAGUCAGCCCAGUGUAUCCCAUGGAGAUUCCUGCCAUGCAAGGCAUACAUAAGAUCGCUGCAUUGAGAGAAGGUGUUAUCUGAACACAGGCGAGUAGGCUUCUAGGGUGACAAAGAUGGCCACAUUUCCAUGAAAUUCAAGAGGGUGUUUUCAAAAAGGGGAGGUAGAAGGAGUCGGGAACCUUAAUCUUGUAUGCAGUUAAGGAUAGGAAAAGAGGUGCGAUUUGUUUUUAAUUUUUUUAUCCUUGUGUUAUCUUCUUUCCUUUUUCUGGACUUCUUAAAGGAAUGGGCAUCCUAACUCCCUUUUCUACCAUGUUUUAUUUUCUUUUUAGCGGAGAACCACGUGCCUGAGUGUUUUUCUUUCUUAAAACCUCCCCCAAGUAAACUACCACUUAUAGGAAGUUCUGUUAAUCUGAAGGGGAGAAAAUUCACCAUCUUUUUCUCUGUUUCUUUGAAGUUGGCCUCAUAAGAUUGAAACAAGAUGAAUGAACAUCCCAAGAAGAGGAAAAGGAAGACUCUACAUCCCUCACGUUAUUCAGAUUCCACCGGAGUCCCAAAAUACAUAGAGAAUAGUGGCAUAUUUUCUGACCAUUGUUACAGUGUAUGUUCUAUGAAACAGCUAGACUUGAAAGUGUCUGAUAAUCGAGGCAGAUUUCAUAAUGCAGUACACAGCACAGAUACCGAUGAGGAUGGCAGCCCAGUGUAUGCUGGGACAUCUCAGUGGAGUGGGAACCAGUCUAAUGCCAUGGGGUCACACUUCAUGGACCCUAAAAAGAAAGACAAACCUGCCAGUAAUGGUAUUUUUAAAGAUACAUGUGAGUCACCAGUCUUCAGUGACAGCUUAACUGAAGAGGAGAAACCCCUGGAUAUACAAACUGUAGAAAUUUCCACCACCGAAGUCCAGGCCGUAGAAGUCCAUGACAUAGAAACGCAGACCAUUUCCCCAGAGAAGCUUGAAGUGGAGGAUGCCGAAGAAACCCCAGCUGAAGCCUGCAGGACGCUUGAGAAGAACGUUCCUUUGAAUGUCACCCUUCAGCCCAAGUGGCCUCUGCUGCGGGCCAACAGCAGCGGCUUGUACAAAUGUGAGCGGUGCUCGUUUAAUAGCAAGUACUUCUCAGAUCUGAAGCAGCACAUGGUUCUGAAACACAAGACAUGUCCCGAGGGCAACAUCUGCCGGGUGUGCAAGGAGAACUUCUCCUCCAAAAGAGUGCUUAUUGAACACUUGAAAAUUCACGAGGAAGACCCCUACGUUUGCAAAUACUGUGACUACACAACCGUGAUGUUCGAGAAUCUGAGCCAGCACGUAGCCGACACACACUUCAGCGACCACCUCUACUGGUGUGAGCAGUGUGACGCUCAGUUCUCUUCCAGCAGCGAGCUGUACCUUCACUUCCAGGAGCACAGCUGUGAUGAGCAGUACCUGUGUCAGUUCUGUGAGCAUGAAACCAGCGACCCAGAGGACUUGCACAGCCACGUGGUGAAUGAGCAUGCUGGCCGGCUGAUAGAACUGAGUGAUAGCCACAACAGCAGGCAGCAACAAGGCCAGUAUAGCCUGGUCAACAAAAUCAGCUUUGAUAAGUGCAAGAACUUCUUUGUGUGCCAGGUGUGUGGCUUCCGCAGCAGACUUCACACGAAUGUCAACCGGCAUGUGGCGAUUGAACACACCAAAAUAUUCCCACAUGUUUGUGAUGACUGUGGCAAGGGCUUUUCAGGCAUGCUGGAAUACUGUAAACAUUUGAACACUCACAUGUCUGAAGGGAUUUAUUUGUGUCAGUAUUGUGAAUAUUCGACAGGGCAGAUUGGCGAUCUCAAAAUUCACUUGGACUUCAGGCAUUCGGCUGAGUUGCCACACAAGUGCACUGAUUGCUUGAUGAGGUUUAGCAAUGAAAAAGACCUUUUAAGUCAUCUUCAGAUGCAUGAAAAUGUUUGAUCAUUGUGUGUGAGUGUAUGUUUUCCUUCUAGCCUAGAAUAUUAGAAUUUGAGACAUAAUCUCUGCAGACGCUUUCCUAAGUUCAAACUACAAAUGAGUCUUCCCUUCUGUCACUGGAAGAUUCGCCUUUAGCUGUAGCCCUAGUCCUAAGCUGGUCCUUCCUAUAUUCAAUAAUAAACCUUGACACCAGUGGAACCCAGUGCAUUGCAUUGAUGAUGCACCAGUAGCAUGGGGUAGCAUGGGCUGGUUGCAGACCUCGACUCACCAGCUUUUUGUGUAUGCACCUGUGUUAAGUACUUUCAACUCAUUGUGUAAAUUGUUCAAAAACUGUCCAGUGCAUUUGUUAGAACUUAGGUACAGUAGAUUGUUUCAUCUUCGUACAUUUUGGAUUUGUUGACUUAAGGGAAACUAUUAGAAAUUAAAUGCCUCAACAUUGUGAGCCGCCCCGAGGCUUCGGCGAAUGGGGCGGCAUAGAAAUGUUUUAAUAAACAAACAAACAGCUGUUGAGUUUCUGGGAUAGAAGGAGUUGUAUAUGCCACCAAACCCCUUAAUGCAUAACAGUGUGUACAAUUCAUGUCUGAAGAUGAUGUAGCCUGAACUCCUUUUGUACCAAAGGAUGGAAAUAAACAUAAAUAUUCAGAUAAAACUGUA